GCCAUCCUCAAGACGAGACAACUCGAUCGGCCAUGGCUGCGCUCACGCCCGGCAACAUCGCAUGGCAGAUCGCGCUGUCGGCAGCCGUCGCCGCCUUCGGCAUAUUCGCUUUCAAGUUGAUCAAGAUGCGCAUGAUCUUCUACAGACUCAAGAAACAAGGCGUCCCCAUGCCUGCAUGGAACUUUGCGUUGGGUAACAUUCUGACACUACCAAGUCUGAUGAAAAAGUUUCCCAAGGGCUCUCAGCAAGGAGAUGCCUUGACCCUGCUUUCGUACGACUUUAAAGAAUCGGACAACUGCUUCUAUAUCGAUCUUUGGCCGUUUACCAGCCCAUUGAUCGUAGUCACCUCGCCUGAAGUCGCCACACAAGCUUGUCAAGAGUACGACCUUCCCAAGCCCGACAUUCUUACGCCUUUUCUCGCACCCUUUGCUGGCGGCCCCAAUCUCUUCGACACAAAUGGCGCCGAGUGGAAGCGCUCCAGAACUCUCUUCAACCCCGCUUUCAGCGCCAACGCCAUGCUUGAGAAUACGCCGCGUAUUAUCCCAGAGGCUGAGGUGUAUGUGGCGCUACUGCGAGAGCACGCGAAAAAGGGUGAUACCUUUUCCCUAGACAGGCUGACGUGCGACUACAUGAUGGACAUUAUUGGAGUAAUCACACUAAACGACCGUCUCCAUUCAAUCACUCAACACAACGAUCUUGCCGCUGCUAUGCGGAGUACCAUCGAAUGGCAUUGCCAAGACCAGGAGCUGAAUCCCUUCAAGCGCUGGAACCCAGUGAGACCUUUUAUCCAAUGGCGCAACGGCAGAAUAAUGGAUCGCUACAUUAGCCGCGAACUGGACAAACGAUAUGAAGCAUGGAAAUCCAGCAAGCCAUCCACAAAAGCCAAGUCCAUCAUGGACAUGACCAUAGCCGCAUAUAUGAGCGAACGCAAAUCCUGCAAUAAAUUGGACGCUGAAUUCAAGAAAUGGGCUACCGUCCAGAUCCGGCUUUUCCUAUUUGCAGGACACGACUCCACCGCUGCUACAAUCGUCUAUAGUCUCUACAUGUUAUCCAAGCAUCCCGAGGCCGCGGCCAAAGUCCGUGCCGAGCUCGACCAAGUGUUCGGCGAGGGCGCCGACUCGGCGGCUAGGGUACUCAAGGAGCGCCCACAAGAAAUAAAUAAGCUUCCGUACAUGACUGCAGUCAUCAAGGAGACUUUGCGGCUUUUCCCUCCUGCGGCAGGAAUGCGCGGCGGACUCCCCGGCGUGUUCCUGCGCGACAGCAACGGCAACAAGUAUCCCACCGAAGAUCUCAACAUAUGGAUUGUCCACAGCGCUAUUCAGCGGCACGCAGAUUACUGGCCUGAACCUCACAAGUUCCUACCUGAUCGCUGGCUGGUCGAGCCGGGCCAUCCGUUGUAUCCACCCAAAGGUGGGUGGCGAGCCUUUGAAUACGGUCCCCGCAACUGCAUUGGCCAGACGCUCGUUAUGCUGGAUGUCAAGAUUACCCUGGCAAUGACGGUCCGUGAAUUUGAUAUUCGCGACCAGUAUGAGGAGUGGGAUCGGUUGCACCCGUCGUCGGGUAUCAAGACGGUGUUUGGAGAGAGGGCGUACCAAGUGCCUCUCGGCGCAGCUCACCCCGUGCACGGCUUCCCGUGCAAAGUUACAUUGAGAGGUGCUAAUUAGGUCAUGCUUUCUGAUUGCACAGUCAAGGCCUAUAGUGCUUGCAGAAUGCUCGUCCAAAGGUCUUGCAGACGAUACUAAUGUCAUAUAAGCUUUGCUGUGUGCUUCGAAAAGCAAAUCCAUGCCAGAC